CGAGCGAACAAACACCGGAACAGUUCAGAAGUUUGUUUUGAUCCCGAAACGCGAGGAAGAAACCGGGUCCGAACCAGAACUAAACCAGGACUAAACCAGCAGGGGCCGGUGCAGUGUGGAGUGUGGGUCGGAUGGAGUGGGUUCGGUUCGGUUCGGUGUCGGACCAAAGCUCCGGGUUCAGGUUCGUGUUCUGCUGCACGAGGAACAAACACGGAGACUUCAGAAUCAGUGUGACGGACGCCGCAGACGUUUGGGCCGCGGACUUUUCGGACGAGGAUCUGCAGACGUUUACUCAGAAUGUGUCCCUGAAAUCUCCCCAAGAACUCUGUCAAAAACUCAGCUCUGGACUCGUGUGUGUUGAGGUCCUGGAGGAUCUCGCCCGGUUUCGGUCGGUCUCCGGUUCCAGUCCCGCUGUCCUGGACCUCACCAAGAUGGCCGCCGCCGCCGCCAAACAGGAAGUGAAGCAGCUCCUGUUCAAGAUGGCCGACAGCCUCGCUCACAGCGCAGACGGAGCCGUUUUAACCCCGAGUCCGAACAAGAACCACCAGAGACGAGCUGCAGAGUUUGAGCCGCGGCAGCAGAACAGCUCCUCCCUCACCCCAACCAAGAAAAGACUCCCAGGAUCCUCCCUCAUCAACCCAGGAACCAAGAGGAAACGGGAGGCGACGGGAGUGGCCUUUGACGAUCCGGACGAGGACUGAACUUUUUAUCGCAAAUGUUUUUAAUUAUUUUAAAUUUAACUUUCAAAACUCAUGAAAUGGAACAAAUAAAACUGAGGAUUUUUAACCGAAGUCACUGUCGACUGUGAAGCCGUCGCACUCUGCAACUUCUAAGAAAAUAAAAUCUAAUAAAAAUGUUUUUACUGCGA